UAAUUCACAGAUGCCAAGAAGAUAAAAUUCGACAUUGAAAGCGAUGGGAUUACUUUUAGUUUAAACCAAAAAGGUGGAAUGUAUUUGAUCUAUCAAGGAUUUCCUUUUACGAAAAAAAGUUCGUCUUACAAUCGACAUUACUGGCGAUGUGUUCAUCAAAAACCUUUGAACUGCAAAGCUGGAAUUGUGCAAAUUGUGGAUGUUAAUCGAUUCAAAGUAAUGAAAAGUGAACAUUCUCAUCCAUUAAUCACUGAAAGAAGAAAGCCUGGAGAGUUCAAAGCAUUAAUGGCUAAGCAAUCAGAAAAUCUCCAUAAAUAGAAAUUCCAAAAACUAAACUAAAACUGAUUAAAUGUAUUUCUGAAAUAAAAGAAAACUGUCCUGUGAAUGAUGUGAAAUUUUAUUCAUUGGUUUCUCUCUAAGACAUGAAUAAUGAAAAAGAAAGUAAAAUAAAUCAGAAAUUAAUUUUUUUCUUUUAGUUCUACCAAACUUCUUAAGAGUAAGAGACAUCACUUACAGUUCAACAAAACGUGGAUAUCUGAUGCUCAUCUACAAAUCUCAUGCAUUUCUGAGAGAAAACUUGACAA